GUGGGCGGAGCUUGGCACGUUCCAAGAUGGCGGCGCCCUUGUGGGGAAGGGGCCUGACGGCCGCUCCAUGGACCCGGGGCGCUUUCUCGUGGCUCCUUUCCUGCAGCCGGGCUAUUCAGACCACAGCUGUGUGUCACAAGAACCGGGCGGCCCGAGUGCGAGUCGGGAAAGGAGACAAGCCGGUGACGUACGAACAGGCCCACCCGCCCCACUACAUCGCCCAUCGCAAGGGUUGGCUCUCCCUGCACACCAGUAACCUGGACGGGGAGAGUGGGGCAGCUGAGCGCACCGUGGAGGACGUCUUCAUCCGCAAGUUCAUCUACGGCACCUUCCACGGCUGCCUGGCCAAUGAGAUCGUGCUGAAGCGCCGCGCCAACGUGCUGGUCAUCUGCGCCGUCUUCCUGCAGCGCCUGCCACCCUACAAGUUCUACUUCCUGGUGGGCUACACCGAGACGCUGCUCUCCUUCUUCUACAAGUGUCCCGUCCGGCUGGAAGUGCAGACCGUGCCCGAGAGGGUCAUCUACAAGUACCUGUAGCCCUGCAGCGGGGCACCCCGCCUCUCCCCUGGGCCAGCCCAAGCAGUGGGGCUCCCGUGCCCGAGUCAGGCCACCUGCUGGCCCAUUGUGGGGCAGGAGAGUGGCUCCGCAUGGGCCCGAGGAGGCCAUGGACCCGCGGGUGGUGGCUGUGGGGCGCUCUGGGGCGGGUGUUACCGUGGCUCUGGACGUAGCAGUGGCCCGGCCCGGCAAUGGGGAAUAAAAGGACUCUGGCCCCUG